AUGGCAAAUCGUCUCGCAGCAUUAACCGGAGAAGGACAGAGAAGGGGAAGCUUUUUCAAUCUCCAGAGAAAACCAUCGAUCGAUCCCGGCCACGUCGACUCUAUCAUCAAAGUUGCUGCGUCCCGAGUAUCAUCUGGAUUGCUGAGCGAAGCAAAUUCCGCGAUUGGUGAAGAAGAACUGUCGGUCGGUUCAUUUUUUUUGAAAUCCAAGAAGGUUUUCUUUGAGAACACGUUUAAGAUGUUGCCGGACAAGAAAUUCAGUAGGAAGAAGGUUGAAACAGUAGCUACAGAGGUGAUAGAGAGACAUUCACAAACCAAAGGAGAUCUACUGAAUCAACAAUACACACCGGACUUAGCCGCCAAGCUGUGUAAUAUGCUAAGCAAUGAAAUCAAAGCCAAGAUAAAAGAACUGGGAUACGACAGAUACAAGCUUGUUGUUGAAGUGACAUGCAUACCGCACCAGAAUCAAAGCCUACGCAUGGCAAGUCAGUGUUUAUGGGACGAGAAAUGGGACGAGUAUGUGGUGGUGGAAUACGAUAGAAACUCAUCAAUGAAAAUCAUCGCUCUCAUAUUUGGCAUUUAUUUUGAGUAA